AUGGGCCAGGCUUUCUGGUCCCGGGGCCCUGCAUUGUCAGCUCGGUUCACCGCAGAGGACUUCCCCUCCCUUCAGCCUCAAUAUGCUUCCGGGGAUGACUUUGCGUCCCUGCUUCAAGCGCAGGUUGAGCUGACAACUCUUUUCGGUAAUGCUCACGACAUCUUGUUUGCUUCCAAGCAAAGGACUGCUGAACUCAUGGUUCGUGGGGACUACACCAAGUACAUCGAUGAUGCUAGUCGCGCUAUUGCUGCGUGGGAUAUGGUUUGGACCCCGUUAACGGCUCCCUCCCACCUAAAGUGCUCCCUAAAGAUGAUGGAGAAGUACCUACGUCUUUACGUGAACGCCUUUGCUUUUCAAGCUGUCUUGUACAGAGCGUCGUUGUCUGGGACGGACGUGGCAAGAGUCUCGUGUUUCCCCCACUCUGCUAUGGCAAGCCCAGAUGCACGGAUGGUCUAUGAGGCUGUCGAUGCUGCGGAGGCACUGCUCAGGAUCGCAAUUGAGGACAUUGACCCCGAGAAACACCUGCGAUACAUGCCAGCUCGGUUUUACCUAUAUGAGAUACACUCGGCCGUCUUUCUCUAUAAAGCUCAUGCAGCCGGCGCAAUUUCGUCGGGGAAGCACGCCCAAACAGCCAACCUGAUGCGGCGGUUUGUAGGCAUUUUGGAAGCCGCAGCUACAGAUACCGAUCACAUUGCGUCCAAGUACGCAAAGCUGCUCAAUGGCCUAUGGUUUCACAAAGGAGGAGCCAGAGGUGAUGCCACCAGGAGUCGGGGCUCCGAGGAAAGGGUGCAGUCCGAUGAGGUUGGUAAUCUCAACGCCUUCAAUGAAGUCGAUGAUGGUGAUGAGAACGAUGACGACACAAGCCAUCUCCCAUCCUUUGACGAGAUUGGUCUCCAACCCUUGGACUGGAUUGAGUCUGUCGAAGGGCUGUUCUCAAUGCCCGCCGCAUUUCCAUGGGACCAGUCGAUAUACUGA